UACAAUUAUUGAGUGUGUUUAACAUAAAUAUAUAAAUAUAUACAUGUCUAUAUUCGUUUCAGGAACAUGCGUCAGGUGUGGCUGACAGAAAGAGCCCUAGCCGAUCUCGCAGCUGGGCCACCAAGACCAGUGAGAAUGCAUUUCGUUGAAGACGCGGCCCGGGAUAGGGGACGGAACAACCUGCCUACCGCAAAUGAAGUUGCGGCCGUGUUCGUAGGUGAAGGUGGUCUUCCUCCCAGACACAUCAAUCUGGUCAUCUACGACACCAAUCCAAUCGACCAGCAACGGAGGACGCAAUUCAUACCAGCGGGGUCGUGUCACUCGGAUCCCAUGUUGUAUCCGCUGUUUUCCCGUACGGCGAGGCCGGUUGGCAUAACGGUGUUGCAAGAGGGCCCUCAAAGAAAUAAUGUUCGCAGUCGAAACACUAUAAGAGAUUAUUUUGUACCCAACUAA